AUGCAUCUGAUACCUUUAAUUCUGUUUAUGUUGCAUAAGGUAUUUUGGGUUCUUCUAUUUUACCAAUACAAAAAAUAACAAACUUAGGACAGGUUUAUUAAAUUAAUUUAGAAGAAUUUGUUGUUAAAGUUAGUAAGUCUCAUCUAUUCAUUGUAUUAAAAAUUGAUGAGCACCUAUUUAUUUAUGUUACUUAAUCUGUUCUGUAUGACGAGUUUAAGAAAAUAAAUUGAAUAAUUUGAGGAGGAGAAAAUAAUGAUCAUUCACAUCAUAAUCAAUUUUAUAACUAUAUUUAUUUUAUUGCUGGAAUCAUUAUUUACCUUAUACUAUUUUGAUCAGUCCAUUACACAUCAGGUCUAGGAUAUCGAAAGAACUAGACUCACGAAGCCACGUGUAAUUUAUCAUAUACUAAUACUAUUAUAAAUCUUUUAAGUAAUAUUGGUGAAUUUGGAAUAUGUAUUAUAUAUUUAAACCCUUUUAGUAAUAUUAACAUAAAUUGUAUUAAUUUAUGAUUAAUUUAAAUAUUUUACUCUUAAUUUAACUUUUUAAUAACAACCAACUUUCAUAGCAAUUUCAAUCAAUAUUGCCUUUCAUUUACAUACUUUAAUUUUCACACAGCAGAUACUGAAUCAAAUUUUAUUACCACUUUUAAUUCUUGGCAUGCUAAUAUUUUACAUUAUUAAUAAUUAUAAUUAAUAUUUUAAUAGUUUAUAAUUAAAGUUGCUGUUUAAAAAAGAAUUUACCUCAAUCUGGCAAAUCAAGUACUCCUUAAUAAAAUUGAUGAAUAAAGAUUUGAAUUCGUAGUACUCAGAAAUCAUCAUAAAAUCUCUGAUAGCAUCUGAUCAUAGAUCAAAUUGUAAAGAUGUCAAAUGCUGUUACUGCGGUCAUUAAUACAUAAUGUACCCUUCCUAGACAUGUGGAAUAACUCUAUAGAUUUAUAGAGAAUUUACAAUGAAAAAAAUGAAAUAAUUUACAUAGUUAUUUCAACUCAAUCAAAAAUAAGAAUUUGAGAAUUAAGUGCUCUUAUAAUAUGCAUUUAUGCUUUAUGAUUUCGGAUUGAUCAUGAGAUCUGUUAAACUUCUUUGCUAUUUGAAUUAUAAUUGCAAAAACAACGAAAACAACAAAUUAAAUUCUUUAUCAUUUUCUAGGGAUUAAAUAACUUAAACACACAAUUAUGAUCUAUCAACAAUGAACUAGACAGUUUUGUAGGAGUGUUUUGAAUAGAAUAACUCCUUAUUACAAAUGAUUUCAGUUUACAAUUUAAAAUUCAGUUAUCUUGAGACUGUGAAAUUAGCAUUUAUAUUUAAUUAGGCUAAGAGCAAGAUUAAUGCAUCAUUAGGUACUUCUCUUUACGCAGCGUAAAAAUCAUUUAUUUCAGAUUACAUCGAAUAAAACAUUGAACUUGACAUAAUGUUGACUUAAAAAGAAAGACUGAUAUUUGAUUUAAUUGAAUAAAAGUUACAAUUCUAUUAAAUGAUUGUAUCAACAACUAUGAUAAAUGAAUAAAUAAGUGUUUUGCAUAAUAAAGUGUAUAAAUUGUGUUAUAACUUAUAUGAAUUGCAAAAAUAGAUGGCAUUAGCAUAUAAACAUAAACCUUGUUUUAAACUACAUAGAGUUGUGUGUUUCUUUUAUGGGGAAGUGUUGUGUGAUUACAAAAAGGCUAUACAUUUCUUUAGAAAUUCAGACUUUUUUGAAGCAUAGAAAUUGCAAUUCUAGCAUGUAAAGAAUUUUAAUAUCAAUUCCUCAAAUGUUCAUUAUUUGAUUUUGGAAGUUAAGGAUGAUAUGGAGACUCUGACAGUGUAGUAAUUCUCCAAUAAGUUUUUUCAUUCUUUUGGGGGAGGGGUUUCACAAACAGAAGAACAUUAAUUCAAUGAUUUAUUGCCAAAGUACUUAGUACAGCAUCAUUGUAAUUUAGUUAAGAGGUUCUUUGAGACAGGUGAAGCUAAAUAUUAUUAGAUGUUUGAUAUCAAUUAUAUCAAAAAUAAGAACUAACUCUUAACACCAAUAAAUAUGUGUUUCAUUAUAACAAACAAGUUUGUCAAUUAGAAUAUUACAUUUGCUUCUUUCUUAUAAGAAGCUUCCUAGGAUUAGGUUUACAUUAUAGUGGAUGGUGUGAGUCUAAGAUGCACAUUCACACAAAAUUUACUCACCUUAAUAGGUUGGUUUGAAAGUGAUAUAGAGUCUUUAUGUUAAUAGGAGAAAUACGAAAAUCUAUAAAUAACUAAGAUAUAUCCAAAUUUUGUGAGAUUCAUUCGAUAAAAUAAAAUAAAAUAUUCAAAACUCAAUUAAAGUGUGCUUAUUUUACCAAAACCAUAAUACAAUAUAUAAACUUAAAGAUCCUUCCUAUCUGGAGAUGCUUAGCUCACACUUAAUUACGUACACACAGAAUGUGAUUUGCUUAUAACAAAAAAUAAAAUUGCAAAUUACGAAUAUUUUGUGAUAAAUGUAGUUAAAAUGGCUGAGUAAUAACAAGCUAAUCAUUCACUAGUAAGAAUUCCUAUAUCUCAGCCUAAGCUUAAUGAUGAAAGUAAAUAUUUGGUUGAUCAAACUGAUUAAGUAGGGAUUGAAAAAAUAAAUGCUAUUAAUUUUUAUGAUUAGAAUAUGCCACAAUCAAUAGCCAAUACCUAAAUUUAAACUACUGAUUAAAAUAAUAGAAAAUCUAGUAUAAAUAAGAAUAUGAUGACUAUUUAAUCUUUUAAAUAAUAACAAAGUUUAGCUAACAAUAAUUAGUAAUUGUUUUUUGCUGAUUUUAAUAACAUUGAUUAGCCAGAAUAAGUCUUUGCUAUGUCCAAUAAAAAUGAUGAUGCUUUAGUGCGUAGAAAAAUUAAAAAAACUACAAUUUAUAGUGAAGCAUAUUUGGAAAAUGCUUAAGUCAAUAAGAAAUACCAGUUAAUUUAAUCUAUUUUAGCAGUAAAAUCCCCAAGGUAUUUAUAAAAGUUCUUUUUUCUUGUAGUGUUAUGGCAUUCGAUAUUUGUAUUUUUCAUUUUUCUAUUCAAUAUUUCCAUGAUAUCUGAUGUUAUAAAUCUUAAAUUUCUAAUGGAAAUGCUAACAUUUCAUGCUGCAAUCAUGGCUCCUCAUGAUUUAUUUUUUUCAAUGAGAGUAACCAUUACUGGCUAUCAAUAAAUGUAGAGAGAGGGGUUCAUACCAUAAGAUAGAUUGCAAGACUUAAUCGAGCCUUAUUAUCAAUAUAUUGAUCUUGGAUUCGAAGAAUUGAAAGACAACUUUUAUGAAUAAUUAAACAACGAUUAUUUACGAGACUUCCUUAAUGAUUAAACUAUUACUAUGUAUUUUAUGGAGGAAAAUGAGACCUAAAUAUACCCUAGGAAUAUAUCCUUUAGAGAUGCUCUAUUGGUCAUAUUAUAAUAUCAAUAUUCUCAGAUGAUGACAUUUUAUUAUAGAGAAAGCACCUCUGGCAAACCAUUUCAGGUUUCUUUGUUUGCUAAUUAUUUUCACUUGCAUUAAUAAUGUUAAAAUAUCACAAACACCUUAUUUAAUUAUUCUAAAGAGAAUAAGGAUUAAAUUGAUACGAAAUGGAAAGUUAUAUCAUUUCUUGGAUUUGUUAUUGUGCUCUUACUUUACAUAAUAAUUUAAUGUUAUUAGGUCUAUUAUUUCAUCCAAAUCGACAUGUUGUUUUUAUUACUAAAUACUAUGAGUUAUGAAAUGAUAGAAUCUGAAAUCGAUAAAUUCACAAACUAUAAGAACCAAUAUAAAUUGGAUAGGCAUUGUCUAUAACAAUAUGAUCCUAUCGAUCGAUCAUUUUCCUAUUUAUCAAAACCCCUCAAAUUUAAAGGGUAAAGAUACCUUAAAUUACAUAUAGGAUCUUUGAACAACUAAAAAUUACUAAACUAUUUAAUUUUAGUAUGUUUGUUUAUUGUUAUUACUUUCUAUUUUAUUCUAAUAUUCAUAUCUUCUCACCUUUACUUAAGCAAAUACAAUGAUACAUUAAACUUAUUUGGGUAAAUACAAGACUUUAAAUUACGAACUGGUAACUUAUACUUAUAUAGGGAAAUAUUUUUUCGAUGGAACAACUUUACAUUUUUGACCAAUCAAGAUAAAAAUGAACUCUAUACACUUAUUGAUUAAGCAUAAUAGUCUAUCUAGGAUUAUAUAGAAUUAUCAGACAUGGUGAAUUUCAAUUAAUUUUUGAUAGACGAUGAAUUCAUUUCAUUGUUUCAUGACAUAAGCAAGGAGAAUCUGUGUUAAUUUAUAGAUGAAAGAUUUCAGGACUUGACCUCUAGAUAUUGCUACUUAGCAUUUGAUGGAACCUUAAGAUAAGGUAUGAUUUCCACGUUAAAUUAUAUAUCAAAUUCCUUUAAAACACAAUAAUCCAUCAACAAUUUUACCAAACGUGUGGAAAUCAAUUAUUACGAAUAAGAAGGGUCUCAAAUAGUGACAAGAGUAUUCUUUACCCUUUCAAAACAGUUUAGUUAAAGUGCAGACUCUUAGGCUGAUUUCACAAAUACGGUCAUCAAAUUUUUAUCGAUCUGCUAUUUUUGUUACAUUGCUCUGAUUUUAGCAUUCCUAUAUGGUUUUUAUAGACCAUAUUUGGCUUGGCUGUUUAAAUCUUUAAAGGGUAUUGUGCAUUUGAUACCAUUUGAAGCAUUAAUAUUUAGUGAGACUCUAGAGAUUUAAUUGAAAGAAUUGAUUUAUAGAUUGCAAUUACUUUGA